AUGCCGUCUAUAACUUUUCCUAUAUAGUGUAUUGGGAUGACAGGUAGAUAACAAGAUAUUUAUGAUUGAACAAGGGGAGGUUAUGAGAGUGAAGCUUACAGUUCCACCAUAACUAGAUGAUGGGUGAAAGAGUAUUAGUGUUGCUGGUUCUUGUUUUCACCCCUUUUCUGGUUGCAGAAACAGGAACAGCUCAUGAGGAUUUUGUAGCUCUGAAGUCUCUUAUGGAUACGUUGAAGGACACUCCCGCUAGUUGGUCGAGUCCAGAUCCUUGUGAUGGUAGUUGGGAAGGAAUCAAGUGCACCAACUCUCGUGUUACUUCGAUAAAAUUAUCAGGCACAGAUUUGACAGGCCAGCUAUCAGGAGAUAUUGGUUCACUAUCUGAAUUAGAAACAUUGGAUCUCUCUUAUAACAAGGGUUUGACUGGUUCACUUCCACCAGAAAUUGCAAACUUGCAGAAACUGUCCAACUUGUUUCUUGUUGACUGUAGUUUCACUGGUCCCAUUCCAGAUAAUAUAGGAUCCCUGCAGCAACUUGUCUUCUUAUCUUUGAAUAAAAACAGAUUUUCCGGGAAAAUUCCUCCUUCAAUUGGUAAUCUGACGCAACUUACUUGGCUAGAUUUAACUGAGAAUGAGCUUGAAGGACUCAUCCCAGUAUCAAGUGGCAGCAUGCCUGGUCUUGAUAAGCUACUCAAUACAAAGCACUUUCAUCUUGGAAAGAACAAGCUUUCAGGAGAGAUCCCCCCUCAGCUUUUUACCUCAGAAAUGACUCUGAAACAUGUGCUUUUGGACAGCAAUAAACUUACAGGGAACAUUCCUUUAACACUUGGACUUGUUCAGAGUUUGGAGGUGGUGCGCUUUGACAAUAAUUCCUUAAUCGGAAACUUGCCUCAGAACAUCAACAAUCUUACGAAUCUUCAGGAGAUGUACUUUUCCAACAAUAAGCUGUCUGGUCCUAUGCCAAGCCUGAGUAGAAUGAAUUUCCUCGCAUACCUUGAUAUGAGCAACAACAGCUUCGAUCGUUCAGAUUUUCCACCAUGGCUUCCAACUCUAUGGAAUUUAACAACAUUAAAGAUGGAGAACACUAAACUUACAGGGGAGAUUCCUGCAUCUUUCUUCACUCUUGCCCAUUUACAGAAUGUGGUGCUAAAUGGUAAUAAUCUCAAUGGCUCGUUGAACAUUGGCACCACCUACAGCAAGCAGCUGCGACGAAUUGAGUUGCAGGGUAACGAAAUCGUGAAUUGUGAUCCGCAAGAUCCGCCCUCCAACAUCAAGAUAACACUGGUGAGCAAUCCUAUUUGCUAUGAAGGGAGAGAAACACGAAGUUUCUGUUCUGAUGCGCCAGCCAAUAUGACAUAUGCAGCACCACCAAGUUCCUGCCCUCCAGUUACCUGUAGAUCAGACCAGAAUCUCAGUCCAAACUGCAAAUGUGCAUAUCCAUUUGAGGGAAUUUUAAGUUUCAGAACUCCUUCCUUCCCAGACUGGCAAAACUCUUUGCCCAUUCAGAAAUUUCUAAUGCGAGAUGUUAAAGCUAAUAAUCUACCUGUGGAUUCAGUAUCUGUGACAAAUCUGACCCAGAAUCAAUUUAAAGAUGUUGAAUUGACCUUACAAGUGUUCCCUUCAAGGGAAGAUCAUUUCAACAGAACUGAGACUUCUAGUAUAACUUCUCUUCUAAGCAAUCUGACCACUUAUCCAUUCUAUUUCUAUCCAUAUCCUUAUGGACACUAUGAGGAACCUGUGGAAUCAAGUAAAUCGUCAAAUGUUGCUUUGAUAACUGGAGCAAUUGUUGGUUGUUCUGUUGUGCUGGUCUUACUACUUUUUGCUGGCGUUUAUGCUUUCUACCAAAAGAAAAGGGCAGAAAAAGCAAUUUCUCAAAGCAAUCCUUUUGGAAAAUGGGUUUCUAAUGACAACAAAGUCACGACCCCUAAUUUGAGAGGAGUAAGGCAAUUCUCUUUUGCAGAGGUCAAGAAAUACACCAGAAAUUUUUCUCAAGCCAAUGAUAUCGGAGCUGGGGGUUAUGGAAAGGUUUAUAGAGGGACACUUCCCAAUGGGCAACUAGUAGCCAUAAAAAGAGCUCAAAGAGAAUCUAAGCAGGGAGGGCUUGAGUUUAAAGCUGAGAUUGAACUUCUGUCAAGGGCCCACCAUAACAAUCUUGUAAGCCUUGUGGGGUUCUGCUUUGAGAGAGAAGAACAAAUGCUGGUUUAUGAGUAUGUCCCAAAUGGAACUUUACACGGUGCUAUCUCAGGGAAAUCAGCACUUAGAUUGGACUGGCCUAGGAGGCUAAAGGUAAUCCUUGGUGCUGCUAAAGGUUUAGCUUAUCUACAUGACCAUGCGAAUCCCCGUAUCAUACAUAGGGACAUCAAGUCAACUAACAUCUUGCUGGAUGAUCACUUAAAUGCCAAAGUAGCUGAUUUUGGCCUUUCCAAGACUAUGGUUGAUUGUGGCAAAGAUCAUAUCACCACUCAAGUUAAAGGAACAAUGGGCUAUUUAGAUCCAGAGUAUUACACAAGUCAGCAUUUGACUGAAAAGAGCGAUGUUUACAGCUUUGGAGUUCUAAUGUUGGAGAUGAUAACUGCGAGAAAACCUAUAGAAAAAGGGAAAUACGUUGUGAAAGUGGUUAGGAAUUUAAUUGAUAGAACAAAGGAGUUAUAUGGUCUUGAAGAAAUUAUUGACCCAGUCAUUGGUUCAGAAUCAACAUUGAAGGGUUUAGAGAACUUUGUGGAUCUCUCACUGAAGUGUCUUCAAGAGACAGGUGCUGAUAGGCCUUCAAUGAAUGAUGUGGUCAAAGAAAUUGAAAGCAUUUUGAAGAUAGCUGGUUUGAACGACACUUCUGGAUCAAUGACAUCUAAUUCAGCUAGUUAUGAUGAGAUAACAAGAGGGACUUCUCUGGAUCUUUAUAGUAAUGACUCCUUUGAUUCAGGUGCAGUACCCCUGCAACUAAAACUUGAGCCUAAGCAAGUCCACCGUACAAUUUAGAAUUGUGAAGCCAGGAACUUGUUUUAUCAACCUUUCUUUGUAUUUAGGCCAUAGGUUAGACACAGGGGCGUCUUUAUUGAUCUAUCUUUCUUUUUAAUCUUGGGACUGUAUGGCUGAUAUUUGUUUGUGGAUACUAUAAAUGUUUGUUUUUCAAUUUGCUAGCUAUAUGAACCGAAUUUGAACUUAUGGAUGAACGGAGUGAGGUUCGAAACUAGGAAAAUAAGAUAUUCAAUGUUGAGAGGUUGUAAUGCUGUUUUGGUAUUAAUGUUCUUAAGCAACUAUAUUUGA